UACAAUGUAAAAGAAAAGAAGAAUGAAAAAAAACUUUAAAGUCAAUUCCAGAAAAGCAAGCGCUCAACAACCGAUCGUUACUAAAUAAAAUGAAAAUAUAAACAAAAAUUAAAUAAAAUAAUGUUUGUUGUGUUUUUACGUUAAUUUGUAUAAUUUUAAUUAAAAGAAGUAAAUCUUUGUAUUAAGAAUCUCAUGAGUGCUGUCAUCUGUCGAACUUGUUUGAAAACAAAUAGCAGAAAAAGCAAUGUAUUGCCAUCUAACGGUUGUAGAGAGAACUGUAGAAGAUGGGAGAAUAAAGACAUAAGAUCCGAUAGAUGACAGCACGUAGAUUAUUUUUGUACUAUACAAAGUUUGAUAAUUCGAAACAGCGACUUGUAUAACUAUGCAAUUUCUCGUAAACUACAUUCAGAAGUUGCAUCGAAAUUGAACAUAGAGGGAGCUGAAAGUAUCAAGUCUAAAAUUCCUUUUUGACCGAUGACGCGAAAAAUUCCACUUUAAAGUCGAGGAUAGUUCUGCCGGAGCAUUACGUAAAAGAAAUUAGGCCUCCAUUGAAACAAGGUUUACCGGUGAUAGUGGACUUCAAUAUCUUCGUAGCUGAUAUCAAUUCGAUAAAUGUGGAAGAUAUGGACUUUCGAGUGGACAUGUUUGUUCGUCAAAGUUGGAUCGAAUCUCGACUCGAUAUGCCAGACAACAUCUUCGAGGAGGGCGACGAUUAUGUGACGCUACCUCCUGAAUUUUUCGACAACUUGUGGCAGCCAGAUCCUUACUUUUUAAAUGCAAAAGUCUCUGAAAUUGCGGCGUUAAAUCACAAAUUCUCCUCUGUUACGUUGUACAGAAACAAAACGGUCAAAUAUUCGGCACGGAUGCAUGCCAUUAUCGCUUGUCAAAUGGAAUUUCAACUAUACCCAAUGGACAUUCAAAUAUGCCCCAUCUACAUAGAGAGUUUUUCCUAUCACAAACAGAAGUUACGCUUAAGAUGGGGAGCGGGUGCAGUGACGGUGAAUCCAGAAUUGAAGCUUCUACAAUACGACAUCGGGAAGCCGAUGGUUGCUGAAGAAACUGUCGACUAUAUGGUCGAGAAAAGUGGAAAUUUUUCACGGCUGGUGGUGUUUUUCCGAUUCGAAAGACAGAUUGGUCAUCAUCUGAUACAGACCUUUGCACCGUCCACGUUGGUAGUCAUGCUAUCUUGGUUUAGCUUCUGGUUGGGAUUAGAUGCGAUACCUGGUCGUGUAGCUCUUUUAGUAACCAGUAUGCUAACCUUGGUUACUAUGUUUACUGGUCUAAAAAGCGAUAUUCCACCGGUCGCUUACGUGAAAGCAUUAGAUGUUUGGAUGGCAGGCUGUAUGAUGUUUGUGUUCGCUGCUCUUGGUGAAUUCGUUGUGGUAAAAGUACUCGACUUGCGGUAUCAAUUGGAGUAUGAUUUCCAGUCGUCAAUGUUCCGACAUCACUCAACACGUAUAAUUGCCAUGGAAAAGGGUCAAAGCAUCUGGGAUUAUGACUCAACGUAUGUACCAAAAGCAAGAAAUAAAAGAGCUGGUAGCAAGCAUCUUUUACAAAAUGCGUGGCUAGAUCCUGAAUAUCCAAUAAUACGUGUAUACAAAACACGAUCGCAAAAAAUUGACACUUACAGUAGAAUAGGUUUCCCUAUACUAUUUAUGCUGUUCAUUGUUUUAUAUUGGCCGAUACUUUUACUCAAAAAAGCAACAUAAUAUUACAAAUACAUAAUAUAACUAGGAAAAAAUCUACAAAUCAUUAAUGAAAUUAUCACGUAUUGUACAGAACUAUUCAUACUGAUAAUAAUUUAAGAGAAAUUACUACGCGAGCAAAAUACAUAUGUGUAAAUAAGUACAUGCAACAUGUGUAAAAAAAUUUAUAUAAAUAGAUUUGAUGUAUUUUUUUAAAAAUAUACAUUACUUGAGCAAUCAAAAUACAUAUACAU